AUGUUCAUAGGGGGACUUAACUGGGAAACAACCGAUCAAUCACUUCAUGAUUACUUCUCACAAUUCGGCGAAGUUCAAGAAUGCACCGUCAUGCGAGACAGCGCCACAGGCCGCUCUCGAGGCUUUGGAUUUUUGACAUUCAAGGACCCCAAGACAGUUAACACCGUAAUGGUUAAGGAACAUUUCUUGGAUGGGAAAAUUGUAAGACCUACCCAUUUCGAUACGUCCCGGGAGACACAGGAAAAACUUGGUUCCCUUUCUCGAAAACAUUUGGUCCCCCGGAAGAACGAAGGCUUACUGAGGUGUGCCCAGAUCGACCCCAAGCGAGCGAUCCCCCGAGACGAACAGGAAAAGACAGCCAAGAUAUUUGUGGGCGGAGUCAGUCAAGAUGCCACCGAGGAAGAUUUUGAAGGCUUUUUUGCUCAGUUUGGGCGGGUCAUCGAUGCCACACUCAUGAUGGACAAAGACACCGGCCGACCGCGAGGCUUUGGAUUCGUGACCUUUGACAGUGACGCUGCCGUAGAGAAAUGCCUGCAGUACCACCCGCUUGAGAUUCUGGGGAAGCCUAUCGAGGUCAAGCGCGCACAACCAAGAGGCAAGAUGGGCGAAGAUGACGAUUACGGUCGUGGUCGAGGGAGAGGCAAGUUCGGACGCGACGACCGCUUUAGUACUGAUACCACCCAAGCUCCACAAAACCCCCAAGCUCAAACUCCGAGCAUGAUGGGCGGCACCACUGGGAUGACCCCUCAGAUGAUGGCGCAGUAUUGGCAAAGAAUGCAGCAAUACUUCGCAAUGAUGCAGCAGCAGAUGGCGGCCAACAUGAUGGGCGGCAUGGGCGGCAUGGGCGGCAUGGGAAAUAUGGGCAACAUGGGUAUGAAUCCCCAGAUGCUGGCGCAAAUGCAAAUGCAGCAACAGAUGCAGAAAAUGCAAGGAGCAAAUAGCCCCAAUGCUCAGAACGUCGGCGGCAUGCAAGGCAUGACUCCUCAGAUGAUGCAACAGAUGAUGCAGAUGCAACAGGGUGGGAUGAACAUGGGGUCAAAUCGACCACCGAUGGGCCCCGGCAGUAUGGGAGGAGGGCCACGAGCUGGCUUUUCAGCACAAGAGCAGUUGGCAUUUGAACAGCAGAAAUACGAACAGCAGCAACAGGUACGUCGUCAGGGCGGGUUUCCGCAAGGUCCUCGCGGCGGCGGCUUUCAGGGCCAGGGCCAAAGCGGGCCACAGUCGUGGGAAGGAAUGUACGACGACGUUCCCCAGCCAGAAGGAAAUGUCGGUGGCAGAGGCUCAGCAGGGCCCGUUCGCCAACAUACGCCAAAACCGCCUAAGGGUCCCGGUGGUGCCUCUCAAGUGAGCGCGGCUCCGGCCAAUGCGCCCACUGGGCCCAAGAAUGCCGGCAAGCCCGGAGCGAAUUUCAGAGGAGGUAGAGGCCGAUACCAUCCAUACGGAAGGUGA